UGUAGGUAGAUCUUUACGUGACUUCUUGUAGCUGAUGAGGUCAUUCACAAGUUGUAUCGUGACCCGGAAGCAGAAGUUAUCUCUUUGUAGGAGGUUAGUGUGUGCAGAUAGAAGCGAGAUAUUUUAACUGAAAAUGGCCGUGGAAUCUCGAGUCACACAAGAAGAGAUAAAAAAAGAACCAGAGAAACCCGUCGAUAGAGAAAGGACAUGUCCGCUGUUACUGAGGGUGUUUACAACUAACAAUGGCAGACAUCACAGAAUGGAUGAAUUUGCCCGGGCAAAUGUCCCAUCCAGUGAGCUGCAGAUCUAUACAUGGAUGGAUGCAACACUGAAGGAGCUAACCAGCCUAGUGAAAGAGGUCUACCCAGAAGCUCGAAAGAAGGGCACGCACUUCAGUUUUGCGAUUGUCUAUCCAGAUCCUAACCGCCAGGGCUACAGGGUGAAGGAGAUUGGCAGCACAGUUUCAGGAAGGAAAGGCACAGAUGAUUCCAUGACGUUGCAGUCACAAAGGUUCCAGAUAGGAGACUAUUUGGACAUAGCAAUAACACCUCAGAAUAGAGCACCGCCUCCACUGGGACGCAUGCGACCUUACUAACAAGAUCAGCAAAAUAAAAGGGCUUCUGGGCUGGCCAAGCCCCUCCCCAAGUAGAUUGACCUGCAUUCUGUACAUUUUCAGUAAUUGUCUCAUUCCCACAUUAUUCAAAUUGCAGUUUAUUUUUAAAAGCUGUUCUAAACUUCAUUGAUGCAAAUACCCUUUAAAACAAAGUCAUGGUUAUAUCCCCAUUUUAGAAGGAAUUGCCAUUGCAGAAUGCUUUUUGUAAGAUUUGCAUUCAUUAUUUUUUUGCAAUACAGAUUUUGUCAACUGUUUAUUUGAUGCAAGGAAAAAUCUAAUCCUGUUAGAAAUGUACUUUUGGAUUGUAUGUUGUGUUUACGUUAAUAAAUACCUGAAAUUGUUUUGAUUACA